CUGACCCCAGAUCUACCCAGAGCUGCCCAGUAGAGAGAAUUACUGUUACAGCUGGGUGAAAAAUGAUCCAGGGUGGUGGCCAUAUGAGGAAAUACGCUGGAGGAGAGGGAAGGGGUGGAGACAGGAACCUGAGGAAGCUUUUAGUGAAGUGUUAGGGUUAGUGCUGGUGUGUGUGGGUGUGGAGGUCAAGUAGCAGAAUGGGUGGUGGAGAAUGUGCAUCCACCCUGAAGGCGUGCGUGUGUGGUGCGUUUAUGCACGGGGGGUGACGUAUAUUGUGGUGCAUUGACUUUGUACGCAUAGCAGUCUGAUUUAGCCAGCUAGCUGCAGUAGUGGGUCACUGCUGACUUUAUAUUUGUAGCUUGUGCACUCUUGCUCUUUGGUCGCAAGUCACUGAAGGUUCAAAGGUUUGUGGUUAUCUUGUAACUUGUGUAACUUCAAAAACGCAGCAAGACGAAGGCUGGGAAGUACAAGCACAUGCUUGUGUAGCUGCAAAGAGUUAGCGGUUGCUUGCAACGUGAGUGGGCGGACAUAGAGGACACGGUAUGGAAAGACUAAACAAGUCAUUCACUGUUAUAAAAAUGGAAAACAGAUGGAGCUGAUCACUUUACCGGCCCUGCACCGCAUGGCUGUUUGCGGUGGUACCCAUGGCAACGAGAUGUCAGGAGUUUUCCUGGUCCCCGAACUCGAGAGACAGAGGAAAGAGAAGGGAGACGCAAUAUGGCCCAUUCCAUUGACCACAGUGCUGUCCAACCCUCAAGCUAUUAAAGAGUGCAAGCGAUAUGUGGAUAAGGACCUGAACCGCUGCUUCACCAGUGCCAUCCUCAGUUCUCCCAUCACAGACUCCACUCCUUAUGAAGUUCGGAGGGCUCAGGAGCUGAACACUCUGUUGGGUCCUAAACAAACCAAUGAUGCCAUAGACAUGAUCUGUGACCUCCAUAACACCACUGCUAACAUGGGCCUCUCAAUCAUCUGCUACUCACACACCAACUGGAUCUGCCUGCACAUUUUCAAAUACCUGCAGGCAAAAAUAACCACUGUGCCUGUGAGGCUGGUCUUGCUAAACAUUCCAAUCGGCGAUGCUUAUUCUUUGGAGUCCGUGUCCAAGUAUGGCAUUAGUUUAGAGGUUGGACCACAGCCACAAGGUGUCGUCAGGGCAGACAUCUUUAACGCCAUGAAGGAGGGAGUUAAUGCCGUUCUGGACUGGGUGAAAAACUUCAAUUCAGGAGAAGUAAUUGAAGGAGGGGAUGUGGAAGCUUUCAUGUUUAAAAAGACUGUAGAUUACCCCCGAGACCCAGAGACUAAGACCCCCAUAGCUGCCGUCCACCCGCAACUUCAGGAUCGAGACUUCUGUCUCCUCAAACGUGGAGAUCCCAUGUUCCUCACCUUCUCUGGAGAGACGGUGAGGUACGAAGAAGAAGAGCCACUCCAUCCCGUCUUCAUAAACGAGGCUGCUUACUAUGAAAAGGGAAUUGCCUUCCAUCUGGCUCAAAAGCAGCCCUGGACCAUUCCCAGCAUACAAGCAAAGAAAGUGUGAGAGAGCUUCAAAAAGACGGGACAUGAGAACAGAGGUGCAGUAGAUGAUCUACGAACAAAAAUGCCAAAGUAGAUUUUGGGCCUCGUGCAACAUCGUACUCGUAUCUUAAUUUAGUGGAUUGUGUGUGUUUGAGCAGCAGAUUCAGAAAAACACUUGUAACUGCAUAAACAUUUCACCAGAUUGUAGAUCGGCUCAUGUUAGCUGGGAAUCAACACUCAAGCAUGUAUUUGCGUAAUUAACACCCCUCUCUUAUUAAUGCAAAAGUGUAAAGCCAGAAACCUGGUCUCCUUAAGUCGCUUUGCAGGGAUAUUGAAAAUAUUGCAAUGUUGAAGAGCCCAUAUCUUACUCUUUUACAUUGUAUUUUUUCCCUAAAUCAUUUUAUAUGGACAAUUUCCAACCUCUCUUUACCCCUUAGAAUUAAACAGCUUGUUUUUGUUACCAUGCUUUAUAUGUAAAUCAGCUCUGUUCUGAUUGGCAGCCACGUACUAUGCAUUUUUCACAAACAAGGGCUGAAAUACUUGCCAAUAUGAGCCUUUUAAACAACAGCCUUAACAGACAAUUUAAAAGAAAGUUAAUAUUUUAGUAAUGAAAUUUAGAAAGUUUUAGUUUUACAUCCAGACUCAUGUACUUGACUUAUUUGACUGUUCCAAACUGUCCACGGCCUAAGAGAAGGAUUGUUUCUUUUUAUUUAGGUAGUCGCCCAUAGAUGAACUACUGAUUGUUGAAGUUGUUAAAGUAUGUACUGAAACUCUGAAUGUAUUGAUUCUAAACAGUGGUGAGGUUAGGGUUAAGAUUUGGACCAGGGUGAGGGUUCGGUUUAGGUUUGGGGUUCGAGGAUGAGGUCAGGAUUAGAGUUUAAAUUCUGGUCAAUUUAGUAGAUACUUAGUUGAAUGUAGCUCAAAAAACAAAUUAAGUAUCUGCAAAGCAUCUAAAGUGGACUGUCCAAAUAAUAUUGCUGCCAAGAAUUCCAAUUAUGAUAGUACAUAUGAAGGCAGUGAGUAUGACUUGGUGCUUGCAUGAGGCCUAAUGUCUUUAAUAAUUUGAUCCUCAGUACUGAUGUUUUAUUACAAAUCACAACCUCAGGUAUAUUAAUCUCCUAAUACUGUGAUAAAGGCAUCAUUAUAGAUGGUACGAUCAGUCAGUUUUCUAUAAGAUGUCCUAUGGAAUGGAAUGUAUCACUUGAAACAUUCACUUUUUAACAUAAUUUAAUUUUUACAUUCAAUUCUUCACCAAAUAAAGUCACCAAAUGCAUA